GUCCAUUUGGGUUAGACUGAGCCCCGUCAAGUCGUGGGCAAAACACAUCUCGGGGGGAUCAAAGCUCCUUCUCGUCUCAUUAUUUCUCAAUCCAUCGAGAGCGAACAGGACCAGCAAAUUGUGCUGCACUUGAGAGAAAUACAUCUAUCUUUCUUCUUCUUACAAGUCCUUCGAACAAACUCCUCCACGACGAUGAAUCUAUUGCUCGACGUGCUUCAGAAGAACCUCAGUGGCUGCCCGCUCACUCAGGACAAGACAUUGACGCUUCUUCUGGACUCUGCCUACGACGGAGAAGCUACUGAUGCUGACAAGGAGAACAAUCCUUUCUUCCUUACCCUCGGUGAUGGUAGUAGCGCCGUUCUACGAAAGAUCGAAGCCUCUUCUGAUGAGUGCGAUUUGGUCAUUGAAGACGCUGCGGGAGUGCACGGUGUCCGCGAUGAGCGUCACUCGAAGUGUGCUUCCAUUCGAGUCUCCCUACUGCGAGGUACAUCGGACAGCCCCAUUGCCGAUCGCCUUACUUUGGAAGGACUGUGGCGCUCCUACUGGCAAGACAAGGAACGAGAUGAUGAGUUUCAGAAUCUACGUGUGGCUUUCGAAGAGCAAGGAAUCGUCUUGGAACGCACCCAAGUGGCCCUUCAGCACGAACGCGCAGCCAAUCUGUUUUUGAAUCAAGACCUCUCCCAUGAGCGAGCCCAGCGACAGGAACUGGAACGCAAGCUCCAUGAGGCCCAGGAAGAGCUACGUCGAACUCAACACAGUUUGCAGGCCAAGAAGGAACCAUUGUGGCCUCACAUUGGGCCAGUCGACCAUGAUCUCCAGGAACAAUCCGACCGCAUCGGGGACUACAGCUUGGGAAAGAUGUUGGGUGAAGGUUUCUUUGGACAAGUUCGCCUUGGAGUACGUCCCAAGAAACCAACGGACACUGCCACCACGAACCGAAGCGUUGCCAUCAAGAUCCAACAAAAGAAGCGACUCGAGGACCCCGCCGAAUGGGCGCAACUUGAUCUCGAAGUCGGCAUCUUGCAGAAUCAUGGACACCACCCCAACAUCAUUGGGCUGCUUGAUGUCCUUCACGCACCUGAACACAUCUAUCUGGUUAUGGAGCGAGGUGCUUUGGACCUUCAUACCCUGGUGCACGAGUCCAACAUCCGGGAGGUCCAACCAGAUUGGAUGCAGCAAGUGAUGAUUGGGAUCUUGGAGCCACUUCAGUACCUUCACGCCCGAGGAAUUGCUCACCUUGACUUGAAGCCUGAGAACUGCCUUAUUCUAACGUCGGCAUUGGAUAUGAGCGCUGGAUACCCAUGUUUGAAGCCCGGGCAGCGCAUCGAGUCCAGCCAGAUUCGUCUCUGUGAUUUCGGGUUGGCAGCGGUCUCAAAGAACUACAAUGGCACGGACACGACAACCAUAUGCGACGACAACUCUGUCGAGGUCAUUGAAAACCGUAGCGACGACGGUCUCGACGCAAAGCAUGAUGUCCUGGUGAUUGAUCAGCUCUGUGGUACACCGGGCUUCUUUGCUCCAGAGAUGAUCUUGCGCGGUGGUUUCGAGGGUCGAACAGCAGACAUGUGGUCUGUGGGCUGUCUUUUGCUAGAGAUCAGCUUUGGCUAUCCUCGGUUGUGGAUGGAGAGUUACGACAACUACAAUCAAGAUGUUCAAAAGUUCGAGCAGGGGCUCCAUCUCUGCCUGGAGGAGAUUCAACUGUUCUACGACAUUGAAGAAGACGAAGAGUUCAUCAUUCAUGACUUCCUCACCCGAUACUUGCUUCAGAUGAACAUGGACAAACGAGCGACUGCAGCAAAAGCCCUGAAGCAUCCCUGGUUUGAAUUCCGACGGAGCUGCCUUGGCGAAAAUCGAGCGCUCUGUUAACUAGCUCGGUCACGGCAGCGGUGUAGUACAGCUUCAAUAAAACACAAAAUAUAUAGCUGGGACCAUUAAAAAGUAAACAGUCGCUUCACUAGACCCGUAGUUGUACGCCUACCGGUAUCUU